AACCUCCCUGGCUUCCACCUGCUAGCACCCCAUUUUGUUUAUAGUUGCUUUAAGGACAUUUGCUCAAGUACAUAUCCUUAUCCCGACAGCCCGCGGUUGAAAAGAAUACAUCAAAAAUCGUCUCCCCCUCCUUGAAGCGGGAGCAAUUCGGAUCAAGCGAAAAUCUCGCUUUGAACUCACUGAAAACAGAAGCUGUUCUAUCACGUUGAAAUGGGUCAGUAAUGCACCCAACUGUACCGGACCAACAACGAGUCAGUGCUUGACUGCAGUCGGCAGGAGCCUGGAUGAAUGGGUGGAGUCUGCAGGUAAUUGGCGCAGAACUUCUCCCCAGUCUUGGGAAAAAAGCUUCCCCUCCCCUGCCUAAGCUCCCCAAGUCGCCGUGCCCAAAACUUGCUGGGAGUGCGAGUGGCGGCUGCUUGAAGGCUUGUUUGCAAUCGGAAGAGCAAUUUCUGAUCGCUGCCCCCACACCCCAAAUGCCCGAGCCGAAGAAGGAGAAGUACGUCCUCCUGGACGAGGAUUCCGAUUGCGAGACAGAGGAGUUCAACAAGAUGAAGAUCUCUCUGAUGGACACUCGCUCAGUGAAGGACGGGAAAAAAUAUACUACAAGCAGAGGAGGCAGACCUUCAGCAUGGUGUCAGCCACAGUGGAUUUGUCAUAGUUUCUUCAUCUUUUUCCUCCUCAUGUCCCAAGUAUUCUUGUUUCUCUAUGUACUGAGGCUACACUCCGAACUAGAGAUAAUAAAACUGGAACGAACUGUGGAUGAGCAGAAAGAACCCAUUCAACAGUUUGACAAGCAACUUAACAGUGAAGUGGACAAAGUGGAAGGAAACACAAACUUAAAAUCCAAACUAGAGGAACUGUAUAAGAAGUCCAAGGAAAUUAGACCCCUCGUUCCACAAAGCAAAACUUUGAUUAAUGGAGACCCAACUGAAGUACGUGUGUAUAAUUUACAGGAAAUACAGCCUCUGGAUAAGAAGAUUAACAUCAUGCAGGAUAGCAUCAUCCAUAUCAGAGAAAAUCUGAAUUUACUUCAGGCUAAAUGUGAAGAGUUAAACGAAAAUGUGAAGGACAAGCCAAUGGGUAACCAGGACUUGUCCAGACUGUACAAAUUGAUGCAGAAACUGAAUGAGUCUACUGUCUCCUGUUCUGUGGAAAUAAAGGAUGAAAUUCGUGGGCUUCGCAACCUAACAUUUGAUCUCACUCACAAGUUCAGAUCCAUGGAAACGAGUCUGUAUUCUCUCACAGAGCUGACAAACACACAGGCUACUGAACUGGACCAGUUUGAAGAAUCGUUAGAAAGAAUGCAUAACAUUUCAGAAAAUUUGAAAUCUCACCAAGGUCAACUGGAGCAGGAUUUAGACAGUAAUUACCGGCAGAUCUCCCAGCUCAAGGAUGAGGUUUAUCAAAGAGAAGAUGCAUUGAACCGCACAAGCCAGCCCCCUGCAACCAUGCCACAAUUCCAAGCUGAAAGUACUCCAUACUCACCACAGCAGAUGGAAAGUACCAAAGUCACAUCAUUAAUGAGUCAAGAGAAUGAUGGAAAACUAGAUGUCCAGACUCCUUAUAGAAAGGGCACCACGAAUAAAUCUGUGGUCAGAAAUAUCAUUUCAAUUUCUUCAAUAACAAAUCUGAAAGCACUCCAGUCCUUCUUCUAUGAUGCAGACUGGACUGGACGUGGUUACCUGACAUAUAGGGACCUGGUGAAUAAUCUUGGACAAUGGGCGCCUACCAAAAAAGACAUUAAACAGUUUGAUGAAAAUAAUGAUGACAGAUUCUCCUAUACAGAAAUGAUAAAUGCUUUAGGACUACAAGAAUAAAGCUAUCAAGUCAACCUGAUCAAGGACAGAUAUCUACACAAUUAUAUAUUACGGCUGUGCAAAACCAGGCUAACACCUACAUCAAUGCUUUGCACUAUCAACAACACAAUUUAACAUGCAGUAGAGAUUUUUUGUAAAUUAGAAAUGCUGUUAUCAGACUUAGACGUGGACUAAAUCUCUUUUUGUAUAAUUACUAUUAAUUACUAUUAUUCAGUGGAAAAGAUCUUUGGUUGAUGGUAUCUAAGCCAACAUUUUUUUGUAGUUACAGAUUUUCAAUAAUAUUGAAUGUUGAGUAGCUCUUAUAUUUAGUUUGUAAUGCGUGCUUUGUGAUAAACAAUAUAUUUCAUAAUUAUGCAGUGCAAAAAUAUAACUGACCUAGCAAAUAAUGACAUAUAAAAUAAUUAUCAGAUGGGACAAAAUAAACUUCCUUCUUUGAAAA